AUGACAUCAAGUGAGCCUGAAUAUGACAGUAUUAGUGCGCAAUAUAGUGCAGUGAAGAAAACUCAAGUUGGUAACAUUAUCGAAUAUUACACAGUUUACAAAUGUAUACUUCCAUCAUUACUGGACGAUAGUGGCUUGCUAACAGGAAAGCGUGUACUUGAUUUGGGAUGUGGUGAAGGUCGUCACACACGUCAGUUAAAAGCGUUAGGUUGCGAUUAUAUUCUCGGCGUUGAUCAAAGUUCAAAAAUGAUCGACCUCGCUCGUGAAGCCGAGUGUCUUGAUCCAAAAGGCAUCGAAUAUUUGGUAGGUGAUGCCAAGCAACUUCCGCCACCUGAGAAACCUUUUGAUUUGGUCACCGCCUUUUGCCUAUUUCUACACGCUCAAACACGAACAGAAUUACUCGAUAUGGCACGCACUGUUUAUUCGCAACUCGGUGAAAACAAACAGUUAAUUGGUGUGACGGCGGAUUUCAAAUUAGAUCCACCCGAAUUCAAUCUACGCAAAUAUGGAUUAAUGAAAUCGAUCAAAGCCUCUGUGGACAAAGGUUUAAUACCUGAUGGCACAGAAGUCAUCAUUACAUUUUAUAACGAACAAGACGAGCCAAUGUGUCAAAUAACAGACUAUCAUUACUCACUGAAGACUUACGAAGAGGUGUUCACAGAAGCUGGGUUCAAAUCAUUGCAAUGGGUGCCCUAUCAAUGCGAUCCUCAAAUGCCUAAUAAAGCAUUCUUUGAUGAUUACAUAAAAAACUCGAAUGCAAUUGCUAUGAUAGCAACAAAAUAA